GUGGAUCCGGACCAGUCUGUGCAUAAAAAAAGGAUGAUGUUCGAUUAUGAUCACUGCUUUAAUCCUCGCGGGUCAAAAUAUUGAACCUUCAAAAGGAGUCUGGCAGAAUUCGACAAAAUUAAGUAAUGUUUUUCAAAAUGCCACCAGCCUUCAGAACAUAACAAACAGACUCAAUCAAGAACAAAAACAAAACACAGAUUUACCAAUGCUCUUGCAUGAGCAUAAUAUUUAUCCAUUACAAGAAAAAAAAGACGAGACAGUAUCAACAGAUAGUAACGUAUCAAACCUGAAUGAAUUAAAAACAUUACAAAUUAUAGCAGGGGGUAGAACCCUUACUUCAGCCGAAGGUCCGGAGGUUCACUGGCACGUUGGUAUAUAUAGCAAGGCUUUUGAACCCUACAUGCAGAUUUGUGGUGGGACGCUGGUUACUACUAAAGCUGUUAUUUCAGCGGCACACUGUUUUUGGAGUGAGCUGGAUGGCGGCGCGCUGCCCGCUGCGCAGUUCGCGGCAGCGGCCGGCAAACUUUACCGACCGUGGAAAGAAAGCCAUGACUCUAAUGCGCAGCACACUGACAUAUCCGCAAUCCACCUCCCCGCGCGUUUUCGCGGCGCCAUCACCAGCUUCCAAGAUGACAUUGCUGCAUUACUCUUGGCAAAGGAGUUUGUAACCACCUUCCGGGUCCGCCCGCUCUGCGUCCUCUUUGAUGAGGACUUGGAGGCUGAUUUUCUGCGUAGUGAGAAUGAGGGCAUGAUCGUGGGUUGGGGCCUGACAUCAGAAGACGGGACACCAGCGCAGACGCUACAAUCCCUGUACAUGCCGUACGUGCCAAUCGAAGAAUGCAUCGCUAGCGCAGACCCCGGGUUCCUGAAGUACAUUACCAGUGACAAAAUCUGUGCGGGAGUUACCUCAGGCAAGUCAUUAUGCCGCGGCGACAGCGGCGGCGGCUUAGUAUUCAACAGCGACCUCGUCUUCAUCGACAGCGAGGAGCCACGGCCCAUUCUGUACGGCGUGGCGUCCACUGCCCCACGAAACGCGCACAGUUGCAACACGCACGCCCGCGCCACGCUCACACGCGUGCUUGCGCACCGUACGUUCCUGCUUGCGCAUAUACCGGAUAUAGAGGAUGCGUGCCCGCAUGGGUCCAGGAGAAUUUUCAAGCCGGAGUUGAACAGGUCGAGGGAGGAAAGUAAACAAGGCAGGGAGGAGACAAAGCCAGUUUUUAAUUGCAAUUGUUUUUGUAACUGCAAUAAUUCCACUAUACCUUAAUAAUAAAAC